UCAUACCAUUUCUGUACCUACGCUAUACUACUACCGUAUACUAAGAGAUAAAUAUACGAGUAUAACGAUGGUAUGUAGAAAGUAUUGAAGCGUAUUACUGCUCUAUCUUCUUUUUUUUUUUUUAGCUCACUGAAACAAAACAGAAACUCUCAAAAGAAAAGAACAACAAAAAAUUCACCUGAAGAGAAAAAAAAAGACAAGAAAAGAUAAACCAAUUGCCGUCACCGGAAGAAGUUCAGCGAUGCAACGUGGAAGUGGCGGUGCCGGUGGCGGAGGCAGUGGAUUAUCCCGGUACUGUUCAGCUCCGGCGACAUGGUUAGAAGCACUUCUCGAAUCCGACACUGAAAACGAAGUGGUUGUUAACCCUUCUUCUCCCAUUUUACACUCACCCAAUAAACCACCACCCCACCCAUCAACUACUCAGCAGCAGCUUCCGGUGCUUGUUAAACCGGAAACUAGGUUCACCGGCGAUCCGGGUCUGUUUGAAUCCGGCGGUAGUAGUAAUUUUCUCCGGCAGCAGAGUUCUCCGGCGGAGUUUCUUUCACAUAUUAACUCAGAUGGUUACUUCUCAAGCUAUGGAAUUCCCUCCAGUUUGAACUAUAUUUCUCAGCCCAUUAAGCGGCCCAGAGAAGAUGAUUCCGAAAGUUCGCCCAGAAAAUUAUCUAACCACUUGAAGGGAGAGCCAAGUGGACAGUUACGUGGUUCUGGUGGAUCACUGGAUGCUGAAAUGGAGAAGCUCAUGGACGAUUUGGUGCCUUGUAAGGUUCGAGCAAAGCGUGGUUGUGCUACCCAUCCUCGCAGCAUAGCUGAGCGAGUUCGUCGAACGCGCAUAAGUGACAGAAUAAGGAAGCUUCAGGAACUGGUGCCUAAUAUGGACAAGCAAACCAACACCGCAGACAUGUUGGAAGAAGCAGUCGAAUAUGUCAAGUUUCUGCAGAAACAGAUUCAGGAGCUUAUGGAACAUCAGAAGAAAUGCACGUGUUCAGAGAAAGAUCACUAAUUUGAAGAAGAGAGUUCCACUAGAGUAUAUAGGCAAUAGUUUGCUCAGAUGCAUGUGCUUUAGACAUGGUAAUUUUAUCCUCAACAUCCUAUUCUUCUUCAUAUGUAGAUAUUAAUGGCAAUUCACAAGAGCUUUGCUACUGCAGAAUUCAAAAUCAGCUUUUCUUUUAGUAUUACAUCUAGGUCGUACUCUGUUUUUUGGUGUAGUUGUAUCAUGUUGUAUAAGGUAGUGUCAAUUUGCUUAAUAUCAAAUUUCUUCAGCUGAAAGACUUGUCUUUUCUGAAGAUGUAGUCAGAAUUGGUAGACCUGUCAUGUUGAAAGCAAAAUCAAAUCAAUAAAUAUUGUUGUAAAUGUGAGUCAUGGCACAUCAUAACUUUCUAGUACAUAUCAAAUUUGACUC